AUGGCAGGAAGACCAUCUCGGAACACCGCCGCCACAAAUAAUCUCCCAGACACCGCUAACGUUAUUCUCGGUCUUUCCAACCUUAUCCGCGAGCAAGCGCAGAAUCAUCACGAUCAGAUUCAACAACUCCUUCAAAGCCGACAAACCCCACCUACGCCUCAACCAAAUCCCCAAAGUCUAUACGAACGUUUCCUCCGCAUGAAGCCCUCUGAGUUCCACGGUGAUCCCGACCCGGUCGUAGCCGAGGAGUGGAUCAAAUCCUUGGAGGUGAUCUUUGAUUACAUGCAAAUGGAUGACCGUGAACGAGUGCACUGUGCCCUGUUUCUACUUCGCAACGAAGCCCGGAACUGGUGGGAAGGAGCUAAGGAAGGUUUUGAACUCGAGAACUUGUCAUGGGAAGCAUUCAAAGUCCAGUUCUUCGAGAAAUACUUUUCCAAGGACGUCCGGGCCAACAAACUCAAGGAAUUCUUGGAGCUCCGCCAAGGGAAUCUUACCAUGACCGAAUAUGUUCGGUUAUUCGAGCGAGGGUCCUUGUACGCCCCAUUCAUCGCCAAGGACGCCGAAGAAAAGAAAAAUCACUUCACAAGGGGGCUACAACCUGAAAUCCGAAGGGAUAUCCGCAUGUCCGACGCCACUACCUUUCGCCAAAUGGUGGACAAGGCACUAACCGCCGCUCAAGACGAAAGUGAAAUUCAACAAGGGAAGCGACCCCAGCCACCCACGCCACGACCUUGGAAGAAGGCCAGCUUUGGAAAUCACAAAUUCAAGGGAAAGAAGGUCCAGGAUUCGAGCCCUAAACCAGUAGCAUCAACAACCAAGCCAACCUGCUCGAACUGCGGAAAGGCUCACUUUGGGAUCUGCGUAAGGGAUACCGAGCUGUGCUUUCGAUGCAAAAAGCCCGGCCAUAAGGCGAGAGACUGCCCCAACGCCCAAACUCGAGUCCCAGGCCGCACAUUUGCCAUGACUCGAGAGCAAGCGCGUCAAGAUCCGACGAUGAUCGCAGGUACCGUUCUUAUUCUUGGAAGACCCGUGUAUGCUUUGAUUGAUUCUGGCUCUACACAUUCCUUUAUUUCCUCCGAUGCGUGCGUACGUCUCGGCCUACUACCGACUCAAGUAAGCCAUGAAUAUCGCAUCUCUAUGCCCUCGGGCGAAGAAAUGAUCACUAACAGAGUAGUGAAGAAUUGCCCCAUUCAAAUUAAAUCUCAACCCAUGAGGUUCGAUCUCAUCGUACUAACAAUCGAAAACUUCGACCUCAUAAUGGGAAUGGAUUGGUUGACCAAAUUCAAGGCCCAAAUCAACUGCGCCCUAAAGACCGUAAGCUUUUCUCUUCCAAAUCACACCCUAUUAGAAUUUCAAAGCGACGCCGAGACUCUAAUUCCCAUAAUAUCCGCAAUCAAAGCCACCAAACUCAUCAACAAGGGACAUAUCGGCUACCUAGUCGACCUUCUGGAGACUAGCUCAGACCCUCAACCAGUGAUGUCCGAACUUCCCAUUGUCCAAGAAUUUUCCGACGAUCUAUUUGACCAACUUCAAGGGUCGUCCGUCUUCUCCAAGAUCGACCUCCGGUCAGGUUACCACCAGCUGAAUGUCAAAGAAACAGACAUUCCGAAGACUGCUUUCCGAACUCGGUACGGCCAUUAUGAAUUCGUAGUAAUGCCGUUCGGGUUAACCAACGCACCAGCCGCUUUCAUGGACCUUAUGAAUCGAGUUUUUCAUCAGUACCUCGACAAGUUUGUCAUCGUCUUUUUCGAUGAUAUUCUUAUAUACUCCAAGACCCAAGAAGAACAUGCCUCCCAAUUACGAAUAGUACUGCAAACACUCCGAGAUCAUCAACUCUACGCCAAGUUCAGUAAAUGUGAAUUUUGGCUAUCCCGAGUCACUUUUCUUGGCCACAUCAUCUCCGCCGAAGGACUUUCCGUCGACCCCAGCAAAAUAGAAGCAAUCUCAACCUGGCCAACUCCAAAGAAUAUUUUUCAAAAAUCGCAUCACCCCUCACUCAACUCACGAAGAAAGGAGUCACUUACCGAUGGACCCCAGACCGAGAGGCUAGUAUCCAAGAACUAA